AACAAUAAACAAGUAAUAUUUUUCUUUUUCGUAAUCAACUUUAUACUUAUUUAUGAUCUUUCCUGCUUAAGACUUGCAUCUCAGAUCGUCCGAUCUGGCUAUGUAUAUCACCCUUCAACGUACGUGAAUGCAACGCUCUCCCAGUUUGUAAGCCUCUCUCGAGCGCUCUCACAAACAUCUGAAUCUCUUGAGUUUGAGCUGCGGGCUUUGGGUUUGUGUGCUUUUCUUCAGUUCGCUCGCGGACUUUGAAUAAGCCGGUUGUGUCGCUGGUCCGCUUCGUUUUUUUCAGCUCUUUCGCCAGUAGUUCGUUCGCGUUUGUUAUUGUUUGUGUGUGAAAGUAGCGGCGUGCAGCAGAAGCGAAUUGCAUAAAUUGGGAAGCCAAAGCCAAAGCCUUUAUACCUGGUGAUUUUCGAAUUUCUUCCAACGGACGCGAGUGCAUGAAAGAAAAAAAUAUAUAUUUUCCAACGGAUGACGCACAAAUAAAUGCGUUUUGGCCAUGUCAAUGUCCUUAAUUUCGAGAGGCACGCCCACGCCACGCGAGUGCAGAAACAUUUGCAGAUACCGGAAUCCAGCAGAUAAAGUUAAAAAAGAAACAUAACCGCAAUGGGAUUAGCCGAUUUCGAACUGAGUUGAGAUAACUAAAAGAAAGAAAUUCAAAUUCAAUACACUGCAAAUGUAUAACUUUUGCUAUAUAUAUUACAAAAUCAAUGCAGUUUGUGUAAAAUAAACAAAACAAAAUAAUUGAAAACUGUAUUAUGGCAUUGACCAUGAAUAUGGUGUUCCUCAAGGAUUUACGUUCGCGUCUCAAAGGAUAUCUGCACGGCGAAUACAUAAAGCAUCCCGUUCUGUACGAGCUCAGUCACAAAUAUGGUUUCACAGAAAAUCUGCCCGAGAGCUGUAUGUCCAUACGGCUGGAGGAGAUCAAGGAGGCCAUACGGCGAGAGAUCCGCAAGGAGCUGAAGAUCAAGGAGGGCGCCGAGAAGCUCCGCGAGGUGGCCAAAGAUCGGCGUUCCCUUAGCGAUGUGGCCGUUCUUGUCAAGAAGAGCAAAAGCAAACUGGCCGAGCUCAAGUCCGAGUUGCAGGAGCUCGAGAGUCAAAUCCUUUUGACAUCGGCCAACACUGCCGUAAAUAGCAAUGGACAAGAAUCGAUCACUGCCUGCAUUGAUCCCAAUGGCGGUUUUAUCGUCAGCGGAGCUGUUGGCGGCUUGGGCGGCGGAAGCACGGCUCUUGAGGGCGGCGGACCGGCCACUGCCAAUGACAAAGUGCUUGCCUCGCUGGAAAAGCAGCUGCAGAUCGAGAUGAAGGUGAAGACCGGAGCGGAAAACAUGAUCCAGUCGUUGGGCAUCGGAUGCGACAAGAAGCUGCUAGCGGAAGCUCACCAGAUGUUGGCCGAUUCGAAGGCCAAGAUUGAGUUUUUGCGCCUGCGCAUCAUCAAGGUGAAACAGAAUCGCGAGCAGGCUGAUCGCCUGAAGGCCUCGCGGCAAAUGAUCGACGAGCACGGUCAGACGAUUGGCGGUAACAACAGCAGUCAACCGCAAAGCCUGGAGACGACGCUUGAGGAGCGGAUCGAGGAGCUGCGUCACCGACUGCGAAUCGAGGCAGCUGUGGUCGAUGGAGCCAAGAAUGUUAUCCGCACUUUGCAAACGGCGAAUCGGGCACCGGACAAGAAGGCGCUGCAAGAGGCCCAUGGACGUUUGUCGGAAUCGUCGCGUAAAUUAGAUCUCUUGCGGUACUCCUUGGAGCUCCGUCGCCAGGAGCUGCCUGUCGAUUCGCCCGCCGCACAGUUAUUAAAAACGGAACUGCAGAUUGUCCAGCAAUCGACAUCCCCAGCUCCUGUCACCUACACGUCACUGCAAACCGGACAGGGAGGACUGCUGGGUGGAAAACCCUACCAGUCGGUGUCCUCGCUGGGACGCUGUGCCAGUGUCACCGGAAAACUAGAGGUACGCCUGCUUGGCUGCCAGGAUUUGCUAGAAGAUGUGCCCGGAAGAUCACGAAGGGACAAGGAUAACAACUCCAGUCCGGGUGAUUUGAGAAGCUUUGUCAAAGGCGUAACCUCGCGUAGCAGUUCGAAGAGCUAUUCGGUGAAGGAUGAGACCUCGAUCGAGAUCAUGGCAGCCAUCAAGCUGGAUAAUAUCACCGUUGGCCAGACAUCAUGGAAGCCAUGUUCGCAGCAGGCCUGGGAUCAGCGCUUCUCCAUCGAUCUAGACCGCUCGCGUGAGCUGGAGAUUGGAGUCUAUUGGCGCGACUGGAGAUCUCUGUGUGCGGUGAAGGUGUUGCGCUUAGAAGAAUUUAUCGACGAUGUGCGACACGGCAUGGCACUGCAGCUGGAGCCACAAGGUCUGCUCUUUGCGGAGGUCAAGUUCUUGAACCCUAUGAUUUCGCAGAAGCCGAAGCUGCGGCGCCAGCGUAUGAUCUUCAACAGGCAGCAGGCGAAGAACAUCUCGCGUGCCAAGCAACUGAACAUCAAUGUGGCCACCUGGGGACGUCUGCUCAAGCGAAAUGCUCCAAAUCAUGUGCACAUGGGAUCUGUGGGAUCUGGAUCUUCUGUAACAGGUAGCUCAACCAUGGUGGUCAGUGGGUCACGAGAUUCCGAGUCGCCAAUUUCGAGGACUCCCUCUUCCGAUGCGCUUGUGGAACCAGAACCAUAUACACCUGGAGAGCAGGCACAGAACCUGGAAUUCGACCCGGAUGCCGGAAUGCACGAACACGUUGAGACACCUGGUGAAUAUCCGGAUCCGGCGGCCAGUGGUCUGAGCGGAAUGCGUCCUCUGUCUGUGCAUAUGCAGGGAAUCAGUGUCUUGCCCCCGGAUUCGCCUCCUGUUACCGCUGGAGCAACUGGAAGGCCCAAUACGCUCAGCUUACAAAUGUCGGGAGCCACUAAGGGACCAGUGAUUCAAGGCGCUCGCACUGCCGCACCCACAACGGCACCACCACCGCCACCCGUGCUAAAGUCCGCAUCCACCACUCCAAUAUUGGAUCAGGAGCUGCAAGAUGCUCUGCAUGAAUUCGAUUUCCUAUCGGACAUGGACUCGCGUCCCUCAACGCUACGUCGCCUUCUAAAGGAGCAGAACAUGUCACUGAGUCCAAGUGCGCUGGAGAACCUGCUGUUGCUACAGCAACAGACCGAGCAGCAGGCGCUGCAGAAGCGUCAGCGCGAGGAGCAGCUGCGUCUGCAGCAGUUCCAAGAGGCGCAGCGUCAAGCGAUCCUGGAACUUUGCGAGAAACAGAGAGAGUCCGAGGAGCAGCAGCCAAUCAACUUUGCCCGCCCAACACCGUCGUUGCCACCGCUUGCCAGCAAUCAAAUCAUGCCUAGCUCAAACGCCUGCCCCAGCCAAAGCCAAAGCCCAAACCACAACCAAUUUCAGUUGCAGCAGCAGCAGCCGCAGCCCCACCCACAUCCCGCCCAGAAACCGACGGGCCCCGAACCACCAUCCGCUGUGGAACAGCAACUGCACCGACCGGUCUUGAUCCUGCCACCUGUGGUGCUCUUGGGUGGCCGGGAGGAGGACCGAUCGGUGCCACCAUCGCCACUAGUCGAGUAUCCCGAGGACGAUGACGAGUAUCUGUACCGGGGCAGCAACGAUAACCUGGGCAGUCGGCUGCACUCCAGCCACAGCUCCAGUGCCGGCGAUCGUUUCUGUGUGGAGGCCCGUAUUAGUCUUGUACAUAUUACCCUCGAACCGAUCAAUGCCAGCCGGACGACCAGUUGCCUGAUCGAGGAGGUGGCCGAGCCGGAUUCACAGCCGGAGAUUAAGCCGGUGGCAGAUGCGCAGUCUAGAAAGUUAUCCGAAGCUUGUGUCGAAAGUAUUCUCCUCGAGACAGUUGAAAAGUUAGAAACAGAAGACCAAGUCCAGCAGGUUAUACCUCAGUUGGGCAAGCUCUACGUGGGCGGCAGUCAGCAGCAGUAUGUGCAGCAGUCUUCGCCCAUCAUCCAGGAGCCACCAACUCCGACUAUCUAUGGAAACAGUGCGGCCGCUGGUGCUCCGCAAUUCCCGCAGCCCGCUCAAAGGCAGGACAAGCAGCCACCACAGCAGCAGCCCAUCUAUGCCAACCAGUAUGAGCUGAAUGUGGCCAAGGCGGCAGCAGCAGCUUCAGUUUACUCACCCAGCUCCUCCACCAACAGCAACUCCAAUCAGCAACAGCAACAGCAGCGCAGGAAUGUGGCCCGUGGCCUGCAGUAUCGUGAAUCCGGAGGACUCGACACCGGCAGAGCUGGAAAGCAGCCUCCCAAUGCUGGCAUGCUGUCGAUGGACAACUUCCGUUUGCUAAGCGUUUUGGGACGCGGCCACUUUGGCAAGGUGAUCCUGUCGCAAUUGAAAAGCAACAACCAGUACUAUGCCAUCAAGGCGCUGAAAAAGGGCGACAUCAUCGCCCGCGAUGAAGUAGAGUCGCUGCUCAGCGAAAAGCGCAUCUUCGAGGUGGCCAACGCCAUGCGCCAUCCCUUCUUAGUCAAUUUGUAUUCGUGCUUCCAGACUGAGCAACAUGUUUGUUUUGUGAUGGAGUACGCCGCCGGCGGAGACUUGAUGAUGCACAUCCAUACGGACGUUUUCCUUGAGCCAAGAGCCGUCUUCUAUGCCGCGUGUGUGGUUUUGGGCCUGCAGUACUUGCAUGAAAAUAAGAUUAUCUAUCGGGACCUGAAGCUGGACAACUUAUUGUUGGAUACGGAUGGGUAUGUGAAGAUUGCUGACUUUGGUCUGUGCAAGGAGGGAAUGGGCUUCGGCGAUCGCACAGGAACUUUUUGUGGCACACCUGAGUUUUUGGCACCUGAAGUGCUAACGGAAACUUCAUAUACACGAGCUGUGGAUUGGUGGGGUUUGGGAGUGCUUAUCUUUGAGAUGUUGGUUGGUGAGUCUCCAUUCCCUGGUGACGAUGAGGAAGAGGUGUUCGAUUCAAUUGUCAACGAUGAGGUGCGCUAUCCACGCUUCCUCUCACUUGAGGCCAUAGCCGUGAUGCGUAGGCUUCUGCGCAAGAAUCCAGAGAGACGUCUGGGAUCCUCAGAACGUGAUGCGGAGGAUGUUAAGAAGCAGGCAUUCUUCCGUUCGAUUGUGUGGGAUGAUCUGCUCCUGCGAAAGGUCAAACCACCCUUCGUGCCAACUAUUAACCAUUUGGAGGAUGUAUCAAACUUUGACGAGGAGUUCACGUCGGAGAAAGCGCAGCUAACGCCACCGAAGGAGCCGCGCCACCUGUCCGAGGACGAGCAGGUGCUCUUCCAGGACUUUUCAUACACGGCCGAAUGGUGUUAGGAACUUGUUGUUAGUUCAAGGGUUCACCAAUGGGCCUAGCCCGAUCGUUAUAGCCUUUGUCUUUUGCUUUUACUUGUGUACGAAGUUGGUUUCGAGUAAUUUUACUUGGUUUAGUCGAUGUGAGUUCAAUAUUUAUACAAUACGAAGACAACAUGAUCAUGCAGAUACAGGACAUAUAUAUUUAUAAACAGUAUCUAUAUAGAAAAUAUAUCUAUUAAUGAGAGAACUUUUGAGUGUUGCUCACUGGCCGAGAGACCAACAUAAACCAAAUUACCUACUAGUUGUCCACUUUGUGGCAAAGCAAGCGCAUUUGUCAAUCAUCCAUCCAGCCAGCCAGUUCAGAUAACACAGCCCCCACUAGAAAUCAUCCCACGUAAUCAUAGCAUUGUUGUACAGCAAAUAGAGUCGUUUCCUUUUCCUAAUACGAGAACGCAUUGAAUAGUCUGACAAACCCUAGGAAAGCCUUAAACGCAAAGUUGUAGUUUUGGACAGUUUUUUUGUAAGACCCGAUCUAAAUAGAUUUUAUAGAUGAGCAGUAUGUUUACACCCCAAGAGCGAGCAAUCAUUGCAACAUAUUUUCAUAUAAUCGACAUACAAGAACAAAGGAUAUAUUUUAUACAUAACAUAUAUUGCAUGCACAUCCCAGGAAUCGUCUUGCUAAACGAGCUCAUCUUCUAUACGACAUAUUUAUCUAGUAAAGUGAGAGAAAAGUAAAAUAUAUUUACAGUUUUAACAUGUAAGCUCUGUAAAUUGCCUUGCGCUUUUUAUCAACUCCCCAGCCCAUUGCCCGAGUUGUGUUAUAAUUUUAACAUAUUUUUUACGUCAUAUACACACACGCGAACAUUUGUUAUUUAUUAUUAUUAUACCUAUUAUACAAGAAACUGUAUUGCUUUGAGCAUUUUUAUUCGACGUUAGAUUGAUGAUUGUAAAUGAUUUGUUUGUAUGCGCGGUAUGCUUUAAUCGAGAUGUGAGGAUCAAAAACAAAAUACUGUUCAACGGGAUGAGAUUUGGAGUUCCCGUUGACCGAUGGCAUGCAUUCAGAUUGUUAUACUCUUAAGAUCUAUGGUAUACAUAUAUUUAAUGUAAUUUUUUAGUUUGAUUUAAGCUUGUAAUAAUCGAUUAUUGAAACGUAGUCUUAGCUAUCAUUAUGUGAAGAAGAAUUACUGAUAAUUACAAUUAUGAUAACGAUUGUACACCCCUCAUGCCAAUCGAAACGAGUAUAAAGAAUGCAGAUCUUCUAUUGUCAUUUUUAUUGCGAUUAUUAUGCCCACAGCUUGCGGCUAUAACCGUCGAUUUCAUUUGAAAUUUGUCAAUUCGGAUUGGUCCAUGUCCAGUCACUUUGUUUAGCUUCAAGUUGUGACUGUAACUUAUAUUUAUGAUAUGAUUUUGAAUAAAUGUAUCUAUCGCUAUUA